UAAAGAAAAGUUUGUCCAGCCUGACAACAUGCCCUGAAAAAGAAACUCAAAACUAGCUUAUCGCUGGAAAAUAUAGAAGUAAACGAAGUAUAAUAAGUGUUUUUUCCCCGUGAAGGUUGAUAGAUAGGUGGACAUUCCAGUAUAUGUGAAGAAUGAAGAAAUAUUUAUAAAUAUACCCAUUAAACACGAAUGACUGAUACUACCUCAGUGCCAAACACUACGUAAAGAUCUUAUCGGAAAAGGAAGAGACAAGAAACAUACAAACAAGCAAACGAGAAGAGAGACAAGAAACAUACAAACAAGCAGACGAGGAGAAGAGACGCCCGUGAGAGCCUUGCCUUCUCCCCACAAGCUGCCGUCAUAGGUCAAUCAAGAGCGCCAUGACGGACCUCAAGCGAACGGGUCAGCAGGACGGGGAUGUGGGCGGGAGAGCUGACCUCAACGGAGAUGCGGGCGGCGCGGGCGUCCUGGGCCAUGCCAAGGAGCUGUGUGUCAACAAGAUGGGCCAUACCAUGGUGCCACGCGCAGAGGCUGGCACCGUGAAGUUCCGAGAAUUGUUCUGGCAACACCGACUGCAGACCGUGACCUAUUGUGCUGUGUUUUGGUCCUUUGGGAUGUGCGUUGCCUUCCUGGGACCCACUCUCCUUGACCUAGCCUGCAGGAUCUCCACCGUAUUCAGCACAAUGUCCUGGAUCUUCUUCUCGCAGAGCCUCUUCACGCUGGUGGGAUCUGCCUGCGGCGGAUUCCUCAUUCAGAGGAUGGGCAACCACCUUGUGCUGCUUGUUUCGACGACGAUGCUGGCCGUGACCCUCGCCGUCAUCCCCUUCUGCAGCGUCCUGGGCUGGCUCGCCGCCGUGCUGGCCGUCAUGGGCUUCUUCAUGGGCACCAUCGACACCGUGGCCAACAUCUCCAUGAUUCAGCUCUACGGCAUGAACGUGGCGCCGUUCCUGCAGGCCCUCCACUUCUUCUACGGCCUCGGCGCCUUCCUCUCCCCAAUGAUCGCGAAGCCGUUCCUCCUGAACAAAGACUGCACGGGCAUGAUCCUCAACGGCACCAGAACGCACAACCACCACAAGCUCGACUUUUCCCUCACGCCCAACAUGUCUCAGCCGCUCCCGGACAGUCACAGGAUGCAGAAGACUUCGGAAAUUCAAUAUGCUUUCUGGAUUCUGUCGGGGCUGCAGAUCCCUGUGGUACUCCUGCUGCUGGUUCUGGUGGGCAAGGAGCUGCUGGGCAUCGGCGGGCCUCCCGACGCCUCCCUGCCCAAGGGCCCGGGCGGGGUGGAGGCCGACAAGGAGGCGUUCGAGAUGCAGGCGUCGGCGGGGGCAGGAGGCAAGGGCGGGCCGACCGUUUUGGCCAAGGACCCCGAGGACCGGCCGGCCGUGACCAAGGACCAGGUGGUGGUCGUGACGGGCCUCACCGCCACCAUGCUCUUCCUCUACGACGGGCUGCAGGCUGGCUACGGCGGCUACGUGUUCAGCUAUGCCGUGAAGAGCAUCGCAGGAAUGUCCAUGAACGAGGCGGCUUACCUGAACGCCUGUUUCUGGGGGACCUUCGCCUUCGGUCGCCUCGUCUCCAUCGGCAUCGCUACCCGCCUGGCGCCCUCCUUCAUGCUGCUCUGCAAUAUAAGCGGUUGCCUCAUUGCAAUGUUGCUGAUGCUCUCCUUCCGCCACAACCACGGCGUGCUGUACGUCGGGACCUGCGUCUUCGGCACCUUCCUCUCCUCCGUGUACCCGACCGCCGUGUCCCUCGCCGAGACCUACAUCCAUGUGACGUCUUCCAUCACAAGCAUCCUGGUCGUGACAGCCGCCGCCGGAGAGAUGCUGAUGCCUGUUAUCAUCGGGCAUGAGUUCGACGCCUGGGGACCUGCUAGCGUCCUCGUCUCGGGAGUGAUCGUGACUCUCAUUUCCUUCGUGGUGUACUUCCUGCUGUACCUGGCGGCGCAGACGAUCACCCGACAGACCUCCGACCGAAGCUUAGUCCAACGCCUCAAGUCCCUCCUGACGCGGCGGACGGAGGAGACUGCCGAGGACACAGGCCUCAUGAAACACCACGUUAAAUACUACACCAGAAUGAGAAGCGACCUGUCAGAGUCCUCCCUGGGCGACGAAGGACAGACGGACGUGGGGGAGGUGCUCGCCGGGACCAAGGACAACACGGCUACCACGCCCCCUGCGCUUCUGUAAAGG